AUGAUAUGGCUUGACGCGGAGUCUCCGGUUGAAGUACGAGCCGAUCCCGCCACGUCGAUCGAGUUCCCCAGGACCAUUGUGGUGCAAUCUAAAACACCCCUACCGCCGUUCCAACUCGUCGGUCUCGGUGUGCGCACAGUUUCCUUCCUGGGCAUCAAGGUUUACUCUGUGGCAUUCUAUGCUGACCUUGCCAAUCCACGCCUGAACAUCCCUAUUGAUGCACCGCCGGAGGAGAAGAUAAACCACCUCGUCCGCAACACCGCAUGCAUGCUUCGGAUAGUUCCGACCCGUAAUACAUCCUUCACCCACCUUCGCGACGGCUUCAUCCGAGCGCUCCAAGGUCGGAUUGCAUCGCUAAAACAACGAAACCAGAUUACGCUAGAGGAGGAACUGAACGCCGGCUCGCCCAUUCGCAAGCUCAAGUCUCUUUUCCCAAAUUCACCUUUGAAAAAAGGCGAACCGUUAGACAUUAUCCUUACUGCACCCCCCGACGAAGACGAGAAGAGGCGGUACCAGAGGCUUACUGGCAAAGAGCCGGCCAGAUCAUUGAUAGUCAGGGACUUGGGCGCAAUCCAGGAUGACUGGGUUUCCACGGAAUUCGUGAUGGCUUAUUUUGAAGGGGAGGGUCUGAGUCCUGCGCUUAGGAAGGAUGUCAUCGAGGGCGUGUCCAAUUUCGGGCGGAAGUGA